GUCCAUUAAGAGCUUCGUUUUCGCAUUCAGACCACACCGUUUCCAACCCCAACCUCAAUCACCAUGGCCGCUCCCAAGACCGCAAUCACCGCCAAGCGCUCCAGCACCACCCGCCACCGUAAGCCCAAGCGCAGCUGGAAUGUCUACAUCAACCGCUCUUUGAAGGCGAUUAACAAACAAAUGAGCCUGUCCGGACGCACCACGCGAAUUGUCAACUCCUUUGUUAACGACCUCUUCGAGCGCGUCGCGAUGGAGGCCGCGACGUUGGUGCGGGUGAACAAAAAGCGCACGUUGGGCGCCCGCGAGCUGCAGACGGCCGUCCGUCUGGUGCUCCCCGCGGAGCUCGCCAAACACGCCAUGGCAGAAGGCACUAAAGCUGUCUCCAACGCGGCUCGCUAAAGAUUUUUUAUAUUCUUUAGUUCCCUCCACAGGGCUUAUCAUAGAGUUUUUUAUUUUUCUAUUGAUUUUUUCAUUUUUUUUUUAGUGAGUUUCUUUUUCGAAUCAACUCACAUGGUUAAGCUUUAAUUCAUUUUUUUCCGAUGUGAGAAAAAAAAUAUAAAUGCAAUACUCGACGAUUUUUAUAAAAAAAAAUCACAUCAUCGAAUUAGCUGAUCUAGAGAUAAUGUAUUAACCUUGAAA